UCGGAGCGCUUACAUGAGAGUUGACAUACCUCAGCCCGUUAAACUGCCGCUGGCAGGGUCACUGGUACGUUGCUGUGUGGUAGCCGAGUUCCACAGGCUGGCCAACUGGAAGAGGGGCUGUCUGAGUCCGCCGUGCGCACAGGAGCGCAGCGACACCAGUCCUUUCCGCAGUUUGUGCUGUUUUCCGGGACACUUUUCUAAGGCGCACGUGGGAAGUUUGUGACCAGAAUUUGUCAGCAGAGGCGCUGGAAAUCAUACAAGUAGUAACCGAAUGUUUGUGGCUUUGAUGUAAACAAUGAAGAAACCAUUUGCGCUGAGAUCAUGCACAAACGCUUCGUCUACAGAGCAGGAUUACUCUGGUGAAUGUUAUAACGAAUUUUGACAACUACACAGGCAUCUGGAUAACUGAGUCCAAUCGCCGCUUGCUGCAUUGCUGCCGAAUAACUGAGGGCUUUAAUUACGCUUACUGAAUUAAUCUUUACGGUUUCAGUACCUGUUAUUCUUACUACAACUAUUAUUGUCGCGAUUGUUAGUAUAACCGUAAUUACUACUACUAUUACUUGCGUGUGUUCUACCGCUGUUCUUCUGUAUAUUAAGUAAUACCGGAAGUGGCAUUAUUUUGCGUGAAUGUUUACGAGAGACUGCCUUUGCAGACAUCGGACAUUGCACUAAGCUGAUGUAGCCCCAAAAAGCACACCCUGAGUGUGAACGACUGCUCAUCUCUCUGCUGGGGCAAACCUGCUUACUUAGAGUAGGCAAAGGUGUCUUUGCACACUUACCCUAACCUAAAUCACACAUUCAUACAUACACAUACCUGUGCUGUGAUAGGUGAAAGUGGGCAUGGCAAACAAUAAUCAGCAAGAGGGGACGGAGGCAGAAGGAGGGGAAAAGAAACCCACUAUCACUGAAGUACGAAAACGAGAAGAGGAGCCUCGGAAUGUGCCGCUGCCAAUGGGGGUAGAUGACCUUCUUGCAAGUGGAGAAACAGUGCUGUACCUGAGUAACUACAAAAUGCGAUAUCUCCCCAGGCAAGUGCUGUCCCUGGUGCACCUGGAGAAACUCUAUCUGUGUGACAAUCGCUUCACGUGGCUGCCUGACGGCAUCAUGAAGCUGCAGGGCCUGAACACCCUCUCGCUCAGCAUGAACAAAAUGGAUGACAUCCCACCGGCCGUGUGCCAGCUGGUCAACCUACACCACCUGUACCUCAGCAACAACCGGUUGAUGACCCUGCCAGAGGAAAUCGGCAACCUGAAGAACCUUCGCAGCCUCUGGUUGGAUGCCAACUACUUCCAGUUCUUUCCCAGAGAGCUCUUCCAGCUGCCCCUCCUGCGCUCACUGCAGAUGGGGGAAAACCGCCUGCGCAGGUUGCCGGCCGACCUGAACCGCAUGGCGUCACUGAGGAGGCUCUGGCUGUACGGCAACCGCUUAACUGAGUUCCCAAAUGUUCUGAUGAAGAUGGAGUUGGAGGUCCUGGAUUUAGACAGCAACAACAUUAGCUACUUCCCCAGCUUGGUGCACAUGUCCUCCCUGAAUGUCCUUUCUUAUGACCACAACCCGGUGAAGGCACCUCCACCAGUGGGAGAGGAAGUGAUGGUGGUCGGCGAAGGUGCUGUGGAACUUCUGGAGGCCAGGUUAAAGAAGAAGGAGGCGUUAGAGGAAGAGCUAAAAGCAGCAGAGGAGACUGCCAGAAAGGAAGCUAAAGCAGCCAGGAAAGAAGUGUUUAGGGGACUUAAAAUAGCUUAUCAAAAAAGCCUGGAAUGUGGUAUGGUAGCAAAUGCCACAUCAAUUAAUAGGGGAUUGCAGGGAAAAGAGGAGGAGCUGGGUUAUGAAAUGGAUAAUGAACAGACAAAGCUUAUCUCAUCUGUUAGAGUAUGAGAGAACUGUUGAACUAGUAGUGUCUGGGGCGGAGCCUGAAAAAGGAGAAGGAAGAUGAUUGGGUCUGUUCCUUUAUUCCCACUGAAGCUUAGGGUGCAGGUUAAGGUAAAACAAAGGGGCACACAUGCAGACUUGAUACACAUACAUGCAGACUCACUUGCUCCGGUAGUGUGAGAGGAAUUGGAGUGGAUCAGAGGGUGUGUCUGACAGUGUCCUGAGUGUUGGGGCAUUAAGGACGAACCCUGAGGCUUCCUGGAAGACAGCACAACUCACUCACCUACCCUAUGCACUCUGGUGUGCAUUUGUAAAGAUGGGCUGGAUGAUCUUACUGGCUAAGGGCAGGUAUGACUUGCAGGGUAUCCUUCUACCCGGGCAUUAGCACAUCUCAUACAAUUGCUUAUUUGAAGAUUGAGACCGACUGAUUAAACAAGGG